CCUGUUAUUUUUUUUUUUAAAAAAAAAGAGGAAUGAAUUUAGGAAGGUCCAUACUACAUGUUCCUGAGGAAUGAGGAACACACUUAUGCUCUGUUCUUGAUUGAGCACUGGGAAGACGAGAGUAGCAAGAUUCGGGUUGGAAUCAUGAGGUGGUGAAUGAAACGUGUAUCUAUCUAAAAAUGAUAUCUGUAGAAAUGGCUAGACAAGACUCUGCUGAUUUUAGCAGGCCAAACCUUAUCUAUCUCGCUUCUCCACCUGAUUCGGCGGAAGAGGGUAGACGUGGAUACCUCACUAAAUGUGUUCCCCUUCACAAAGCAGCACUGACAGGUGACUGGAAAGAAGCCAAGAAAAUCUUGGAUCAAGACCCGGCGCUUCUAACAGCCGCCAUAACCAAAGGGUGGGGAACGGUGCUCCACAUUGCGGUUGGGGCGAAUCAUGUUCCCUUUGUGAAGGAGCUUGUGAAGCUAAUGAAAUCUCAUGAUUUGGAAUUAGAAGACCAGAAAGGGAACACGGCAUUCUGCUUUGCUGCAGCGGUGGGGAAUGUGGAGAUCGCCCGGAUACUGUGGGAAGAGAAUAGGUCGUUGCCGCAAAUAAGGGGAGGAGAAGGGUUGACUCCUCUUCACAUGGCUGUUCUUCAAGGAAGGAGUGCAAUGGCAGAGUAUCUGUUCCCUUUGUCCAAAGAUAUACUGGCACAAGAGGAUUGGGUUACACUCUUCUUCAUUUCUUUAAAUUCAGGACUCUAUGAUUUAGCCCUGAAGAUGGUAGAAGAGAAAAAAAGGUUAGCUACUACAAGGAAUGAUGAAGAUCAAGAGACAGGUUUGCAUGUUUUGGCUCGAAAGUCUUCACUUUGUGGUUGCCGUAGUCUGCGAAGCCGAAGGCGCCUCCUCCAUUUCUGUAAGAAGGACACGAUGAUCCUCAAACUUAUGAAACGAAUGUGGGACAUAUUUCUUGGUCUGGACGACACAGUGAUGAGGGAAACCAUAACAGAACCUACGCAUGCAAUAUUCAUUGCAGCAGAAGUUGGAAACCAUGACUUUUUAUCUGUAAUUUUGAGCACUUACCCGGAUUUGAUUUGGGAGUUGGACACUAUGGGACGGAGUAUAAUUCACAUUGCCGUUUUGCAUCGCCAUGCAAGUAUCUUCAAUCUCAUACAUGAAGUGGGUCCAAUUAAAGAAAUCAUAGUCACUUUCACUGAUGAUGAAGGCAACAAUAUGUUGCAUUGUGCUGCAAAAUUGCCACCACCAGAUAGACUUAACUUGGUUUCUGGUGCUGCUCUUCAAAUGAUGCUUGAGUUGUCAUGGUUUGAGGAGGUUAAAAAAAUAACACCACCAACAUACCUGGAAAUGAGAAACAAUGCAGGGGAGAGUCCAGGGGAACUAUUCACCAAAGAGCACGGAGAUCUUCUGAAUAAAGGAGAGUCAUGGAUGAAGAGGACAGCAGAAUCCUGCAUGGUCGUCUCGACGCUCAUUGCCACGGGAGUCUUCUCCGCCGCCUUCAGCUUGCCGGGCGGCAACAAUGACAAUACAGGAAGUCCCAACUAUCUCGAGAAGCCAACCUUCUUGCUAUUCGCAUUAUCGGAUACCAUGGCUCUAAUAUCAUCCACAAGCUCCAUCCUUAUUUUCUUGUCCAUUAUGAUUUCGCGUUAUGGGGAGGAAGAUUUCCGCAGGUCAUUGCCUUUGAAGCUCAUGUCAGGAUUAAUGAUGCUGUUUAUCUCGAUCAUUAGCAUGAUGGUAGCGUUUAGCAGUGCGUUCUUUGUUACAUAUUACCAUGGUUUGAAGUGGGUUCCUAUGUUCAUUGCUGUGCUUGCAUUUGUACCAAUACCCUUAUUUGUGUUUCUUCAGUUUCCUCUCUGGUCUGAUAUUGUCUAUUCCGCCUAUAUUUCUAGUUCUUUGUUUAGGUCAAGUAAACGCAUGAUUCGCUAGAAACAUCUUUAACUUGUCCAAUAAGUAAUGAAUUUCAGUUCCUUUAGCUUGUGUAA